UAAUACUAAGGUCAUAAGCAGGCGCCGAAAUGCUUAUUUCCGGUUUUACUUGAAGAUAGCAUGUUGAAACUCUGCUGCUUUCGUGUGACGUUGUUCUAAUCCGGUUAAAAAACAGAUUCGUGGAUUUUAAAACCUCAAAUGCGGAGGAUGAACUUGAUACCUGGCUGGCUGCUGCUUCUGUUCAUCUCUGCGGUGGUGUGGUCAGUUCCCAUCAAUCGUAAUGGAGGCGACCAGGAGCCGAAGCAGGAAGCACAGGAGGAGAACAUGGACACAGGUCUGUACUACGACCGGUAUCUCAGAGAGGUGAUUGAGGUUUUGGAGACUGACCCUCACUUUAGAGAGAAACUGCAGACUGCAAACACAGAAGACAUCAAGAACGGGCGUCUCAGUAAGGAGUUGGACCUGGUCAGCCAUCAUGUCAGGACCCGACUGGAUGAGCUGAAGCGGCAGGAAGUUUCUCGCCUCAGAAUGCUGCUGAAGGCCAAACUGGACAGCUCCAACACACAGAGUCUUCAGAUGGACCACACAUCUUUACUAAAGCAGUUCGAACACCUGGAUCCGCACAACCAAAACACCUUUGAGGCCAAAGACCUCGAGCUGCUCAUCUCAACCGCCACUAAGGACUUGGAGAACUACGAUGCAGAGAGGCACGAGGAGUUCAAGCGCUACGAGAUGCUGAAGGAGCACGAGAGGCGGGAGUAUCUGAAGGGCCUGGAUCAGGAGAAGAGGGAGAAGGAGGAGAAAAGAAUGCAGGAGCUGAAGGAGAAACAUCGCCAGCAUCCUAAAGUCAACGCUCCGGGCAGCGUUGCUCAGCUGCGGGAAGUCUGGGAGGAGACAGAUGGAUUAGAUCCUCAGGAGUUCAACGCUAAAACUUUCUUCAAACUACAUGAUACAAAUGAAGAUGGGGUUUUAGAUGAGCAGGAAUUAGAGGCUCUCUUCACCAAAGAGCUGGAGAAGGUCUAUGACCCAAAGAAUGAGGAGGAUGACAUGAUGGAGAUGGAGGAAGAACGGCUGAGGAUGAGGGAGCAUGUUAUGAAAAAUGUCGAUUUAAACAAAGAUCGGCUCGUCAGUCUGGAGGAGUUCCUCAAAUCCACAGAGAAGAAGGAGUUCAGUAAUCCCAAAGAAUGGGAGACACUGGACGCUAAACCGUUGUACACCGAGGAAGAGCUCCAGCGAUUUGAAGUCGAGCUCAGGGACAAGGAGGAGGAGCUGAAGAGGAAAGCGGAGAAUCUUCGUCAGGAGCAGGAUCUGCUGAGGGAGAGAGGCAAAGCCCUGGAGGCUCAGAAAAGAGAGUAUCAACAGGCAGUUUUAGAAAUGUCUCAGAGGCAGAGAGAGCAGCAGGCAGCAGGCAAUGGUCAGCCUCCUGCGGGUCCUAAUGGAGAGCUACAGUUUCAACCACAAACACAGAAACCUGAAGAGAUCAACGCCCCUGCAGAAGCCAAAAACAAUCUGCCUGGAGAACCGCCUCAAAAUCUACCCUCACACACUUAAAGCAGCACCCACAGACAGCUUCACGGCACAUACACACACAUAGAGGCACAUGUGUUUAAGUGAAUUUGGAAAGAAAUAAUUUACAUGUUUACGAAUUAAGACGAACCAGCUUGUUGAUCAUGACAUGUUGUGCUGUGUGUUCAUCUCUGUGGUCUAUAUUAGAUUAAGGAUUUAAACACACCAGUUUUUAGUGCAUGUAUGUUCAGGCAUCCCGAGUUUCAGUGAAUAUUUUAUUCAUGCAGUAUUGUCCGUGUGAUAUCAGAAAUAAAUCUUUAAUUUAAAACCUC